CUCAGGAAGAGGUUUGACAUUGACGACGAAACGGUAUGAAAUCGGAUGUUCUGACAGGAAUCAUUUCCAGUGUUCUAAGAACCAAAGCAUCUAGGCUGGAUGGAAUUUAGCAUCAGAAAAAGCCCUCUUUCUGUCCAGAAAGUUGUAAAGUGCAUGAAGAUGAAGCAGGCACCAGAAAUCCUUGGCAAUGCAAAUGGGAAGACUCAGAACUGUGAAGUGAAUCAUGAAUGUUCUGUAUUCCUCAGCAAAGCUCAACUCUCUAACAGCCUACAGGAGGGGGUCAUGCAGAAAUUUAAUGGCCAUGAUGCACUCCCCUUUCUUCCAGCAGAGAAGUUGAAAGAUCUUACUUCCCGUGUGUUUAAUGGAGAACCUGGUGCUGCUCAUGAUGCUAAAUUGUGUUUUGAGUCUCAGGAAGUGAAAGGAAUUGGUACACCACCCAAUACUACCCCUAUUAAAAAUGGCUCUCCAGAAAUUAAACUGAAAAUCACAAAAACAUACAUGAAUGGGAAACCUCUCUUUGAAUCUUCAAUAUGUGGUGACAGUGCUGCUGAUGUGUCUCAGUCAGAAGAAAAUGGACAAAAAUCGGAUAAUAAGACUAGGAGGAACAGGAAGAGGAGCAUAAAAUAUGACUCUUUACUGGAGCAGGGCCUUGUGGAAGCAGCUUUAGUGUCCAAGAUCUCAAGUCCUGCAGAUAAAAAGAUCCCAGUUAAGGAGGAGUCCUGUCCAAAUACUGGCAAAGACCUCUCGUUGAAAUACAGUGUGGGUGAUUUGGUGUGGUCCAAAGUGUCAGGUUACCCUUGGUGGCCUUGCAUGGUUUCUGCUGAUCCACUCCUUCACAAUCAUACCAAGCUUAAAGGUCAGAAAAAAAGUGCACGUCAGUAUCAUGUACAAUUCUUUGGUGAUGCCCCAGAAAGAGCUUGGAUAUUUGAGAAGAGCCUUGUUGCUUUUGAAGGAGAAGAACAAUUUGAAAAAUUAUGCCAAGAAAGUGCCAAGCAGGCACCCACGAAAGCUGAGAAAAUCAAGUUGUUAAAACCUAUUUCAGGGAGAUUGAGAGCCCAGUGGGAAAUGGGCAUUGUUCAAGCAGAGGAAGCUGCUAGCAUGUCAGUAGAGGAGCGGAAAGCCAAAUUUACCUUCCUUUAUGUGGGGGACCAGCUACACCUCAAUCCUCAAGUAGCUAAGGAGGCUGGCAUUGUUGAAGAACCUUUGGGAGAAAUGGUGGACUCGUCAGGAGCCAGUGAAGAUGUUGCUGCAGACCCUGGGUGUAUGAAAGAAGAGGAUAUUCCCAUGAAGAGAAGGCGAAGAGUCAAAAGGUCUAGUUCUGCUGAGAACCAAGAGAGUGACCCUAGAACAGAAAAGAGUACCCCUCCAAAGAUUGCAGAGGCUGAACCUAAGAGAGGAGUAGGCUCUCCUCCUGGAAGGAAGAAGUCCACAGCUUCUGCUCCACGGAGCAGGAAAGGAGACUCCGCAUCCCAAUUUUUAGUCUUCUGUCAAAAACAUAGGGAUGAGGUUGUAGCUGAACAUCCAGAUGUCUCAGGAGAGGAGAUUGAAGAAUUACUUGGAUCCCAGUGGAAUAUGCUCAAUGAAAAGCAGAAAGCACGAUAUAAUACAAAGUUUUCCCUAAUGACCUCUGCCCAGUCUGAAGAAGACUCUGGUAAUAUAAAUGGGAAAAAAAGAAACCACACAAAGAGGACAGAUGACCCUCCAGAAGACAUCGAUGUUGAAGAUGCACCCAGGAAAAGACUUAGGACAGAUAAGCACAGUCUUCGGAAGAGAGAGACAAUCAACGACAAGACGGCCAGAACAAGCUCUUACAAGGCCAUUGAGGCAGCCUCCUCACUCAAGAGCCAGGCAGCAACGAAAAAUCUGUCUGAUGCUUGCAAACCACUGAAGAAGCGAAAUCGGGCUUCUGCAACAGCGUCUUCAGCACUUGGGUUUAGCAAAAGUUCAUCUCCUUCUGCAUCCUUAACUGAGAAUGAGGUCUCAGACAGCCCAGGAGAUGAGCCCUCAGAGUCUCCAUAUGAAAGUGCAGAUGAAACACAGACCGAAGCAUCCGUCUCAUCUAAAAAGUCUGAAAGAGGAGUAGCUGCCAAAAAGGAGUACGUGUGUCAGUUGUGUGAGAAGACAGGCAGCCUCUUGUUGUGUGAGGGCCCCUGUUGUGGAGCAUUCCAUCUAGCCUGCCUUGGACUUUCCCGAAGACCAGAAGGAAGAUUCACCUGCACUGAAUGUGCCUCAGGGAUUCAUUCAUGCUUUGUGUGUAAAGAAAGCAAGAUGGAGGUGAAGCGCUGUGUGGUAACUCAGUGUGGAAAGUUUUACCACGAAGCUUGUGUAAAAAAGUACCCUCUCACUGUGUUUGAGAGCCGAGGCUUUCGAUGCCCUCUCCACAGCUGUGUGAGCUGCCAUGCCACAAACCCUUCAAAUCCACGGCCAUCAAAAGGUAAAAUGAUGCGAUGUGUCCGAUGCCCUGUUGCCUAUCAUGGAGGGGAUGCCUGUCUGGCAGCAGGAUGUUCAGUGAUUGCUUCUAAUAGCAUAAUCUGCACAGGCCACUUCACUGCUCGGAAGGGGAAGCGGCACCACACCCACGUCAAUGUGAGUUGGUGCUUCGUGUGCUCCAAAGGGGGAAGUCUUCUAUGCUGUGAGGCUUGCCCAGCAGCCUUCCACCCUGAUUGCCUGAAUAUAGAUAUGCCUGAUGGCAGCUGGUUCUGCAAUGACUGCCGGGCUGGGAAGAAACUACAUUUUCAAGACAUCAUUUGGGUCAAACUUGGGAACUACAGAUGGUGGCCGGCAGAAGUUUGCCAUCCCAAAAAUGUUCCCCCAAAUAUUCAGAAAAUGAAGCACGAGAUUGGAGAAUUCCCUGUGUUUUUCUUUGGGUCUAAAGAUUAUUACUGGACGCAUCAGGCACGAGUAUUCCCAUACAUGGAGGGGGACCGGGGCAGCCGCUACCAGGGGGUCAGAGGGAUCGGAAGAGUCUUCAAGAACGCACUGCAAGAAGCUGAAGCUCGUUUUAAUGAAGUCAAACUUCAGCGGGAAGCUCGAGAAACACAGGAGAGUGAGAGAAAGCCUCCCCCAUACAAACAUAUCAAGGUGAAUAAGCCAUAUGGUAAAGUCCAGAUCUAUACAGCUGACAUUUCUGAAAUCCCAAAGUGCAACUGUAAGCCCACAGAUGAGAACCCGUGUGGCUCUGAUUCUGAGUGUCUAAACAGGAUGCUGAUGUUUGAGUGCCAUCCACAGGUGUGUCCUGCAGGUGAAUACUGCCAGAACCAGUGUUUCACUAAGCGCCAGUACCCUGAGACCAAGAUCAUCAAGACAGAUGGCAAAGGGUGGGGCCUGGUUGCCAAAAGGGACAUCAGAAAGGGAGAAUUUGUUAAUGAAUAUGUUGGUGAGCUGAUUGAUGAAGAGGAGUGUAUGGCAAGAAUCAAAUAUGCACAUGAGAAUGACAUUACUCACUUUUACAUGCUCACCAUAGACAAGGACCGAAUAAUUGAUGCUGGCCCUAAAGGGAAUUAUUCAAGAUUCAUGAACCACAGCUGCCAACCCAAUUGUGAGACUCUGAAGUGGACAGUGAAUGGGGACACUCGGGUUGGCCUGUUUGCUGUGUGUGACAUUCCUGCAGGGACAGAGCUGACUUUCAACUAUAACCUCGAUUGUUUGGGCAAUGAAAAGACAGUCUGUCGGUGUGGAGCCUCCAAUUGUAGUGGGUUUCUUGGAGACAGACCAAAGAACUCAACAUCCCUUUCUUCAGAGGAAAAGGGUAAAAAGACCAAGAAGAAAACCAGAAGGCGAAGAGCCAAAGGGGAAGGGAAGCGGCAGUCAGAGGAUGAGUGCUUCCGCUGUGGUGAUGGUGGACAGCUGGUGCUGUGUGACCGAAAGUUCUGUACCAAGGCCUACCACCUGUCCUGCCUGGGCUUGGGCAAGCGGCCCUUUGGGAAGUGGGAAUGUCCUUGGCAUCACUGUGAUGUAUGUGGCAAACCUUCUACCUCAUUUUGCCACCUGUGCCCCAACUCAUUCUGUAAGGAACACCAAGAUGGGACUGCCUUUCGUUCCACCCAGGAUGGGCAAUCCUACUGCUGUGAGCAUGAUUUGAGGGCAGAAUCCGCAAGAAGUACCAAGACUGAGAAACCCUUUCCAGAAUCACUGAAGUCAAAGGGGAAGAGGAAGAGAAGGCGGUGUUGGCGAAGGGUCACAGAAGGCAAAUAGCCCUUGGUCAGAUCCAGGAGUGGCAUGGGGCAGCCAGCCCUGCCUAUAAUGGGAAGGCAAGCACAGCACUUGCCCCAAGGACCCAGCCCAUAAUGCUAUGACAUGUACAGGCCUCCUUGGGUGGGAGGGAGCACCUCCCACCACUGAGCCAUCCUCAGCAGCUGUGCUGUGUCUGCACUGAUGCUUGUCAGCUGCACACUCAGUGGUCCAGGACAAACAAGCCUUACUACACAGCAUCACUGCUACACUUGAAUCUGAGACCCAACGUCAAGGUGCCCUCCCGUUUUCAUUUUAGAUUAAAGUUAUGAUUGAAGAUUAACUGGUAUGUGAAACGCUUUUAUCUUACCUGAAAUGUAUAGACUUUUUUAAAGGUCACCCUUAGCUCUAUCCUGAUGGUUCAGGCUUCUGCUCACAUAUUGCCCCCCACUCAGGACAAACUGGGAUGCAGGCCCUGGGCUACCCAGUCAGGAUUGAUCAUUAUUUUGCUCCUUUGAAACAGCCUAUGUUCUUUGUAUUAAUGUGAAUUUUUCCUCAAAGUGCUUUGUUUCCACUUUGAGUUGGUGUGGUGUAGCACAAUUCCUCUCAUGGCUUUCCCUUUUGUGGACUUGACCAGUGAUAGCAGUGUGGCCUGUGGAGCAGAGCAGCUGCCUUUGUUUUGGCUGUUUUCUCUGAUGUCUUAUGAACCUAAGGUCUUUGACCUACAUUUGGGGGAAACCUUGUAUAUUUUCCUUCACUUGGUUUUUCUGUUUCUGGGAUUUAUUCCCAGUAUACUUUUGCUAAAACUUUCGCAAAUCACUUAUCAACUAAAAUGUAUUUGUUAGGUAGAUUUUGAGCAAGCAGGGAGGUAACUACAGGAUCCUGAGGACACAAGGCACACAGCCUGGACCCUACACUUAUGCUCCCUGAUGUGCUCUCUCCUGUGCAUCUGUCGAGCCCCAGGCUGUGUUGCCCUCUGUCUGUUCCCACCAGGGUGCCACCUGGUCUCAUGGUGGACAGGUCUGAUGGUACCUGUUUCCCUAGUGAGAUUUAAAAUGGUAUCUUUGGCAGGCUUGCUUCUGCCUUCUCAGGAGUAUAUCUUGGCCCUGGAGAGCAAAGACAUGGAGAAAGGAGACCUCGUGCUUUAUAUUGGGAGGAUAGGUACACGCAGUGCAGCAACAAUUGAUGGUUUUAGAAAAGCCACAAAGCAAAACAGCUCACUCUUCAUUCAAUCCCUAGCAGAGUCUGCUAUCCUGCUGCCCUCUAGCCUUGUAGAACUGCAGCUUCCAUUUGGACCAAGACUGGCCAGUGACCCUCUCUUUGGCCUUUCUAUAGUAGUAAUCCCCCAAAAGCUACAUUAGCUUUGCAGAUAGCCAAUGGCUUCCAUAGGCACAGGCCUAGUUACCUCUGGAGACAUCUGUUUGACCAGAUGAGACCAAGGGCAUUUUUCAGUUUAGAACCUGGCUCAAACUGCCCUAAAAAUACUAGAUUGGUUCAUAAAUUUCUGUCAUCUGCCCUAAGUUUGAAAGGCUGGUGUGGUGACAGGCUAGAUAGCCUCUUCACAUGCACAUGGCCCCUAGGCUCCAGAGACCACCUGGGGGCCCAUCUUGUUAGUUGUCCACCAGCUGAGUGACUUCUGAAAGAGCAUCAGAAUUGGUUUUGCAGUACACUUAAGGGGGAGCAGAUUAACUAUCUUCUUUAAUGUUAUGUAAAGUCUUGGGAUUUUUGGUUCUAAAUUACUAUUUGUGAUCUUUCUGAAGGAAAUAUUGUGAAAUUUUUAGACCAUUUCCCCUUCCCAAAAAGUAUUAAUGAGUAAAUAACACUAACUCUGAAAACCAGCCGAAGACUGAUAUGCAAUUCUGAGUAAAGUGACCCUGGGGUGAUGGCCUUUCCCACAGGACCAGGGCUGUGACUGAUGUGGCAGGUGCUCUAAUGAGUCUGAAAGAUAUGUGACUUUCUGAGCAUCAGCUCCAACAUUGUUUUUCUUUAAUGUGAAGUAAACCAAAUGAAACUUGCCCAAAUUCCAUAUUCCUCAGGCACCUCCAGUAUCUAAAAUCCAGCGAGCAGUUCCCUAGUCAACACACACCUGUGUGCCUGUGCAGGGUGGCAGCAGCCCAGGAAUGCACAGCUGGUGUCCAGGCCAGCUCUGGUCUGGUCUGGUCUGGUCUAGAGAAUAUGGAGCUGUCGCAGUUAAACCCAGGCACCCGUAUGGCAGUGCAUCUAGCAAGAGUGACAAGGAUCCAGGUGCUAGUUCCUGAGGAACUUCCCUGGCACUAGCACCUAGGACUCCUGGGUCCCAGGCAGGCACACUCAGUUUGGCAUUUCUGAUGACUUCCAAGUAACAUGAUGUGUGAAGUGCCCACCUUCUAGAGCUACUUAAAGAUAAAAAUGUUCUGAUUAAAGUUAAUGCAAACAACUCAGUUGCCAAAUAUCUUCAUCUACAAGGAGUGUAGCUGAUGACUGUUAGUCAGUAGAGUAAAAAUGCUGUGUCCAUGUGUAUCACGGUGUCACCAUAUCCUGUUGAGAUGUGAAAUGACCUAUCACAAAUUAAAUUUAAGUUUAAAUGUG